GGGAGCGGGGGGUUCGGUCUGGUGUACAGAGGACGGAGUAAGAAGCUGGGGAUGGAGGUGGCGGUGAAGAUUCUGAAUCGGGAGAGCUGUCCCAUCAUAUUUAUAAACUACAGGAAUUGCAGUGCUGGUGAUCCAUGUAAAACGAUCAAUGUGAUUCCACCCCGGUCCAUUGAAUCCGAUCUGCAGUCGGAUAGACACAUUUGUGGUGCUCUUAAAGCUGUAUUAAAGGUUUAAGUGCCGAGUUUUGCAGUCUUAUGAAAGAAAAAGACAUGAUGAUGAAAGCAAAUUCAACAUAUGUUCUUCGUGUUCUCGCCGUAUAUGAAGAUGAGGAUAAAGGGCACAUUGAGUACGGAUUGGUGAUGGAGUAUAUGCCACAUGGUUCUCUCCACUCUCUUUUCAACACAUUUAAUAAGAAGGAAGUCCUCAUCCCAUGGCCUCUGAGAUUUCAGAUACUUCACCAGGUGGCUAUAGCAAUGAAUUUUCUUCAUGGUCUCAAUCCAGCUAUAAUUCACCAAGAUCUCAAGCCCCAGAAUGUCCUGUUACGGAAGGAUUUAGAUGUUCAGCUAACAGAUUUUGGCCUUGCCAGAAAUGAAACUUCUGCUCCAAUCGGUAUGGCUGGGACAGUUUCCUACAUGCCUCCAGAGUCCUUUGUAUGCCUUGAAUACAAGCCAACUAAAGAGUUUGAUGUAUACAGCUUUGCGAUUUUAAUCUGGUGGAUAUUGUCAGGCCGAGAACCCUAUAAUGCCAUAAACAGAGAAAUCAUUAUUUGUCGUAUACCAGUUGGUAUGCGACCUGAUAUGACACUUGUGGAUUGUUGGAAGACUGAGAAGAUGGUUCCUGAAGCCAUAGAGAUGAUGAAGCAAUGCUGGGAUGGUGAACCCAGUAAACGACUUUGCUUUUCAGAAGGUAUGAAGCGGCUGGAGGAGAUGAAGAAAGCGUAUGAAGGGAAAAUCGAAGAUGCUGUUUUGGAGGUUUUGAAUAAACUCCGUGCCUUUUCUUCACCCUCUCAGAAUAAUCGGAUUUCAGAUACUCCUGAUGGUGCUAACAUCGCUCAAAGUGGUAAUUCAGAACUUGAUUCUUCCAAGAUAAAUAAUUUUAUAAGGCAGCUCAAUCGUGAACGUUCUGGCAAACAAUAUAAUAAAACUGCUGGCAAUAACACUUCCAGUGAAGACAUUUUAAUUGAGGACCCUAUAAAGUUUUUAAAAAAGAAUUUUUCUAAAAUCAUUCAAGAAAAACCUGCUUGGAAAUCUAUUUUGGAUGACCUCUUUACACAAGACAUUUUUAAAGAAGAGCAAGUGGACUCCAUAGUAAAAGACCAUAGAACAGUGCAGGACCAAAUCAGAGAGACGCUACGUGUUAUAAUAAAACAAGGAAAGAACAGCUGUAUGACAUUAGUGCAGCUCAUGAACCGUCACCAUCCUUCAUUGAUGAGUAAAAUGGAGAUCUAGCUGUGGUGGUUACAUAGGAUCUCUCAAAAGUAUUCCAAAACAGUAUUUGAGCAAAUGUAGCCCCGUGUUUUGUUCCAAUUUUGAUCUGUUUACUGCUGGCUCUGUGGUGUACAGGAAUAUGUGACAGUGUAUAAUGUGAUUGUACAACCCCACAACUAUGCUGUGUAGGAGCUUACCUUCGAUAUCAAUUGGAUGGAUUCUUGUAGGUAAACCAUCACAAUUCAUAGUUUAAUCUAUUUUAAAGUAUACGGCCAUUUUAAAAGUCUACCUGAACCGUUCAUUCAGGUUAUAUCCAGUGAUGCCCCAUACACACGAUAAGAUUUUCCUUGGAAAAAAAGUUGGAUGUGGGCUUUUGGUUGGAUAUUCUGACCGUGU